AUGGAAGUUUUGUGCAUCUGUGGACAAUGGAUCUCAAAAGAAUCUCUCCAGUGGGAGUUUCUUGUUGAUUUGAAGAGGAAUGCAUCAAUCAUUUCCAUAGAAGAAGAUCUACUGUAUGAAGAUUUGAUGAAGAUUGUCUCUGAAGAUUUUAGUGUUAAAGAGGAAGAAAUCAGUUUGAGUUAUGGUUUUUCAUUGGAUAAGAAAUGUAUUAUUGAAAGUUUCCCCCCACUCUCGAUAGGUAAUACUCGUCAGCUCAGAACUUUCAUUUCCAAGACUAGAGCAUUUGAUGGAACCUGUCGUUUGUGUGUUAAGGUUAGUACUGAUCCAGCUAGCUGUAACACUCAAGCUUCUGAUACAUUUGCUUCUACUGUUCCAUUGAAUGCCAAUCCAGCGCUUCUUUCUACUGUGCAGAGUGAAAAACAGAGUUUUCUAUAUGAAGGUGUUUCUACAGUUCCUCUGAAUGAUCUUCCGGAUUUUAGUACUGAUUCAGCUAGCUGUGUUUCUACAGUUCCUCUGAAUGCUCUUCCGGAUUUUAGCCCUGUCCAUAUUGGACUUUCACCAAACACGAGAGUAGCUGGCGAUAUUAAGGUGAAUAGCUAUUUUAAGACAAAGAGAGAGUUGAUGUUGAGGAUGAAGAAAUGGGCUUUAGAGUGGAAGUUUGAGUACAAGACUGUCUCUUCUAACAAGUCAAGAGUGCUUUUGAGUUGUGUUGAUGAAAAUUGCACGUGGAGGAUGCGUGCUAUCAAGCUACCUGUUUCAGAUUUUUUCGUUGUUAAAAAGUAUGUUCAUGAGCAUACAUGCGAUACAACACACAGGAAAGCCAACCACAGACAAGCAUCUGCAAAGUUGUUGGGUUCUUUGAUUUCCAGCAAUUAUGGAGAAAAAAAGGAAGGUCUCAAACCGAAACAGAUCAUUGAACAGGUCAGGAUGCUGCAUGGUGUUCACAUCAAUUACAAACAAGCUUGGAGAGUGAGAGAAGAAGCUCAGAUUUUGGUUAGAGGGACUCCUGAAGACAGCUAUUACAAUUUGUCUAGGUGGUUGUAUAAAAUCACAGAAACAAACCCUGGUUCCUUGACUUAUCAACAUGUUGAUGCUGCAGGAAAGUUCAAGUAUGCAUUUGUGGCUUUUGGUCCAUCGAUAAGGGGAUUCUCAUUGAUGAGGAGAGUUAUUGCAGUAGAUGGUACAUUUCUGAAGGGAAAAUUCAAUGGGACUUUAUUGGCAGCUUGUGCUCAAGAUGGGAAUUAUCAUCUAUAUCCUCUCGCCUUUGCAGUGGUUGACGCAGAAAACGGCGCCUCUUGGAAAUGGUUCUUUAGAGGUUUGAGCCAGAAGAUCCCGGACGCUUCGGAUCUUGUUUUUGUAUCAGACAGGGCUAACUCCAUUUCUUCAGCGUUGGAGGAUGUAUAUCCCUUAUCUCACCAUGGAAUUUGCAGGAUCCAUCUGCUCCGCAACAUCACUCCUACAUAUGCGAAGACUGGGUUGCUACCUCUGGUGGAAAGCGCUGCUGAUGCCUAUACGUGUCACGAGUUCUGGUUAAUCUUCAAGGACAUAAAGGAUAAAUGUCCUGAAUUGGCUAAGUAUCUGGAAGAGUCUGAUUUUAGGAAGUGGGCACGAAGCUAUGCGCCUGCGAACAGGUAUAAUAUCAUGACUACCAACAUUGCAGAGUCUCUCAAUUCUAUGUUGAAGAUGCCUCGUGAGUUGCCCAUUAUCUCUCUCCUUGAAACUAUCAGAUUGACGAUGACCACUUGGUUUUUUGAGCGACGCGAAGCGGCUGCGAAACAUAAGCACCUGGUUACUCCAAAAGUUGUGCAGAAAUUGGUAUCUAGGUUAGGGGCCGCAAUGUUGUUGAAUGUGUAUCAAGUUGAUCGAAGCGAGUUUGAGGUGAAGGAUGAAACAAUGAAGUUUGUUGUUGACUUGGAGAAGCGGCAUUGCACAUGUAAUGUUUUCGACAUUGACAAGAUCCCCUGCAUCCAUGCCAUCGCUGCUGCUAAGCAUAUCAAGAGAGAUGAAAACCGUUUUGUUGAUGCUUCUCACUUGACAGAAACGUGGGCUAAAGCUUAUGCUGAAAGCAUACAUCCUGGUGGAGAGUUGUCAACGUCCACCUAUCCAGAGAAUAUUGAUGAACUGUCUUGCCCACCUCCAGCUACCAAAAAGAAAAGUGGACGCCCUCCUACAAAGAGAAAGAGAUCCGUUGGCGAGUUUGGGGUUCCUGGAUCUAAAUCUCAGUCCCACAAGUGCAGCAGAUGUGGCACAGGAGGGCACAACAAGAUCACAUGCCAGAGGCCUAUAGGAUGA